AUGCCCAAAGCAAAUCGUCGCAAGCAGUUGCAGGCCCUCUCCGAGCCGCCGGUACUGGAGGAGGGCCAAAAAGUGGCACGAGUAAUAGCCGCAUGCGGCGAAAACAAUUACGAAGUGGAGGAUGAACAUGGGGCGAAAACUCUCUACCAACUACCGAAGCGCAUGCGCCACGUCGUGUUUAUUAGGAGAGGGAGCUACGUCUUCGUGAAGGAUGAUGAGACGCGAAAAGACGGACGCGUGCGCGGAGAUAUUGAAGUGGUCGUGCUGACCCACUUCUUACAUGGUAUAAGUAAGGAGCCGUAUUGGCCGCGCUCGUUUAAGGGUGAGGAGGACAACACGGAGGACAUGCCUGCGAUUGUGUCAGAGGGUGCGGGUGGAAAUUCGGAGGAGGAGCCUGGUCAUGGAGAUGAGCAAUGGGAGAUUGGUAGCGGAAACCCAAACAGGGCACAAUGGCAAGACCAGAGUUCUGACGAAGAGAGCGACUAG